AUGCAACUCCCGGCACUCCUCACCCUCUGCCUGGGCCUCUGGGCUGGGCUCAGCGCUGCUGUCAUCCCAGUGGAGGAGGAGAAGCCAUCCUUCUGGAACAAGCAGGCAGCUGCAGCCAUCGAGGCCUCCUUCAAGAUCCAGCCCAGGAUAAGCCAAGCCAAAAACCUCAUCCUCUUCCUUGGGGACGGCUUUGGGGUCCCCACCAUCACAGCCACUCGCAUCCUAAAGGCGCAGCAGCAGGGGAAGCUGGGCCCUGAGACCCCCCUCGCCCUGGAUGCUUUCCCCUAUGUGGCUCUCUCCAAGGUAAAUCCCUGCCACGCAGGGCAUGGGGCCAGGGUGAUGCUGGGCAUGGGGCCAGGGGUCCCCCACCAGUUGCCUUUCAUGGACCCUGAUGGGGGGGGUGGGGUGGCAGGGAAGGCAGUGGGCAUCGUGACGACGACGCGGGUGCAGCACGCAUCCCCCUCGGGGACCUACGCCCAUGUGGUGAACCGCGACUGGUAUGCGGAUGCCAGCAUGCCCGCAGAUGCCCGCCGUCAGGGCUGCAAGGACAUCGCCUGGCAGCUGGUCCACAAUGUCGACAUCAAUGUGAUCCUGGGGGGCGGUCGGAAAUACAUGACCCCCGUGGGGACACCGGACCCUGAGUAUCCCACCCACAACACAACGAAUGGCAUACGCGAGGAUGGCAAUAACCUCAUAGACAUGUGGCUGAAAGCACGGAAGGGUGCCCGCUACGUCUGGAACAGGACGGACAUGCUGGCUGCCGCCGCCGACCCCAAUGUGAAUUAUUUGAUGGGUCUCUUUGAACCCGUGGACAUGAAGUACAACGUGGUGCGUAACGCCACCCUGGACCCGUCGCUCACUGAGAUGAUGGAGGCGGCCAUCACCAUCCUGAAGAGGAAUCCCAGGGGCUUCUACCUCUUUGUGGAAGAUAAGUGCCCAUCUGCAGGCGGCAGAAUUGACCAUGGCCACCACGAUGGUGAAGCCUUUAAGGCGCUGACAGAGGCAGUGGAGUUCGACCGGGCCAUCGGGCGGGCAGGCGCCCUGACAGAUGAGGCAGAGACCCUCACCGUCAUCACCGCUGACCACUCGCACGUCUUCUCCUUCGGCGGCUACACCCUGCGCGGCUCCUCCAUCUUUGGUGUGGCCCCCAGCAGAGCCACUGACGGGAAGAACUACACCUCCAUCCUCUACGGGAACGGGCCAGGUUACCCGGGCGUUAACCGGACCAACGUGGACAAUAACAUAGCCGGGCAGUAUGACUACAAGCAGCAGGCGGCCGUGCCCCUUGACUCGGAGACCCAUGGCGGCGAGGACGUGGCCAUCCUGGCCAAGGGCCCCAUGGCCUACCUCUUCCACGGGGUGCAGGAGGAGACCUACGUGGCCCACGUCAUGGCCUAUGCCGCCUGCCUCGAGCCCUACACCAGCUGCCGCCAGCGGGACUCUGCCCCCGGCACCCGAGCCACCCCUCUGGCCCUGCUCCUGCCCACCCUCCUCCUGCCUCUCUUCCACUGA